AUGUCUGAACUGAGAAACAUCAAGCUUGGCUCCGAGCCCGUUGUCGUAGGGAGAGCUCUGCGUAACAGCUCGGAUAGGCCCUCGUUGACGACCAACUUGUACCUUGCCAAUAACCAUAUUUCCAAGUUCCACGCUGUGGUGUAUAGGGAGGAUGGUGCUGUGUAUAUCAAGGAUACGGGCUCUACCUUUGGUACCAUUCUCAACAAUAUCUUGAUAGCUCCCAAUGAUCCUCAUGUCUUGAAGAAAGGGGACGUUUUGGGGCUUGUGGUUAACCGUCCAGCCAAUGUGGUUGAGACAUGGCGGUUAAGCGAGCUGUUCCCAAGUAACAUCCCCUUGGAUCGCGUGCUCAACCCAUGGGUCCACUUGCAGUUCGAUAUUGAUUUUUCCGAUGAUUUGCUUAUUUUGAAUUCUAAGAAUAAGUCCACCGAUGAAGCUUGUUCUGUGGCUCUCGAUGUCACAGAUGUCACUCGGACUCCGGAGUACGAGGAUAAUGUCUCGCAAGCUGAAGAGCCUUCAAGCUACUCGGAGGACCCAGCCCAGGUGGUGAAGGUUGUUUCAGAGGACGAGGCACCCGAGGAAGUCAAAUUCGUGAAGGAGAUUGUUCUUACCCGUGAACUUCCUGCUACGGAACUGCAAGUUGACGUUGAUACCAGUUCUACCGUUGAUAAGCAUGAUCCACAACCGGAGCCAGCCAUUGCACCUCAAGAUGAAGAGGAUUUGAAGGAUUUGGUUCCUUGUGCUUUCACUGAGCCCGAACCAUAUGCUUACUAUGAUGAACCUUCUAGUGAGGAAAGUGGGAACGAGGAGGUUGAGCCUUCUCUGGAUGUCGAGGAAAGUGUCAAUGAAGAGGUUGAGCCUUCCCUGGAAAUCGAAGAAAGUGACAGCUCCGAUGCAGAUAUUUCCCACGAUGCUUUAGAUACUGCUAAAAGUAACGAAGCUGUUCAUGAUGAAGGUGAAUCGAUUAGCAAACAGCUCGACGACUUUUCCGACGAAGAUUUGGAUAGAUUCGGCUGGAACGAAGAUACUGUUUCUGAGUCAGAUAGUGACGAGAAUGAUUUCCUUAGUGAUAAGUCUGAUGAUGAAGAUGCCGACACAUCACUCUCAGAUGCAUUUGAUUCCUGCCCAUGUGGAGUUAAGCGUACGUACGAAGAGGCAGAGCUAGAGGUGAAGCCAGAGCUUGUUGCUGAGGAGCCUCAGUCCAAGAAGCAAAGGCUGUUGACUGUAUCGUUACUUAAGGAAGUCGGUAAAGGCGCUCUAUACGUUGCCGGUACUGUGAUAGCAUUGAUUGCCUAUGGUCGGUCUCUUGAAAACCAAUGA